AUGACAGUUGAAAAUUUUAAAGUAAAAUCAGUUGCAAUUAUAGGUGCUGGUGCUUCAGGUGCUGUUGCUGUUGAUGUUUUGAAAAAAGAGCAUGCUUUCGAGAAAAUCAAAGUUUUUGAAAGACGUGAAGUAGUUGGUGGUGUUUGGCAUUUAGAUUCAAAGUAUGAUGAAAUCAAAAUAUCUUCAGGAUCUAAUGAAAGUGUAAAUGAUGUACCAUUAGAGAUUCCGAAGGUUCAAAGUGGUGAUAAAAUCAUCGUCCCAAGAUCACAACAACAACGAUUCAUUUAUACUCCUGCUUAUGAAGACAUUAGAACAAAUGUUCCGGAGCAUUUUAUGACAUUUUCAGACAUUCCAAGAUGGCCAGAUCCACAAAAGCCUGCUGAAGAGCCUUUUACAACAAGACGUUUUGUGGAAAAAUACAUUAACGAAUACUUUGAAAGAAAUAGAGACAAUUUGACAUUGAGAACAACCUUGGAAAGAGUUGAUAAGGAUUAUUCAAAAGCUAAUCAACCAUUUAUUUUAACAUUAAGACAAGAGACUGAUCUUAAAGAUUCAUCGGGUGAAUUAUAUGAUGUUUGGUGGAAAGAGUCUUUUGACGCUUUAGUUUUAGCAACUGGUCACUACCAUGUUCCCUAUAUUCCCUAUGUUGAAGGAUUAAAUGAAGUACAAGAGAAGUUUCCAACGCGUAUCGAUUACGCCAAACAAUUUAGAAACCAGGACAAGUAUCAUGGGAAAAGAGUGCUGGUGAUUGGUGGUUCUGCUUCCGGAAUUGAUAUUUCUUAUGUGUUGUCUCAUCAUUCAAAUGAAGUUUAUAGGUCAGAGAAAUUCAAGGAGCCAAAAUUGAAGAUAGGAACUUUGUUGAUUGAUAAAAAAACCAGAUUAAAACCUACUGUAACUAAAUACAUUUUAACUGACCAGGGUUUCAAUAUUGAAUUUGAAGAUGGUUCUGUUUUAGAAAACCCUGACUUCGUUAUUUAUGGAACUGGGUAUGAUUAUUCUUAUCCAUUUUUGAGACAUCUAUGGCCAAGUUUCAGUGAAAAGGGGGUGAGACUUCCAGAAAGCUUCCAACAUACAUUUCAUAUUCCAGAUCCAUUUAUUUCAACAUUGGGAGUCCCUAUUGGUGCCUUAAGUUUUAGAGCUUUUGAAUACCAAUCCAUCUUGAUCUCCAGGUUUUUGAGUGGGAAAAUUGAGUUACCGUCUAUUGAUGAGCAAUAUGAAUGGGUUAAAAACAGAGAAGAAACCGUUGGAAUAUCUAGAGCUUAUCAUAGAUUGGGGUCCGAAUUCGAAGUUGCUGAAUAUCUUGAUGAUUUGACAAAAUUAGGUGGUGGUGUCUCUAAAUUAGGAGAUCAUGGACGUGAAUUCCCAAUCAUUACAAAGAAACAGAUUGAAGAAUGGAAAUUGAGAAAAUCGGAACUUGUUGAGAAAUGGGAAAAAGAUGAAGAUGUUAGACUUGCUUGGGGUUGA